UAACAUGUUAUUUCUUUAAGAAACCCUAAAUCUAAUGAAUUGAGGACAAAUCUUCAAUUCUCGAAAUUCCUGACAACAGAAGGCCUCCGCAAGAUCCCACCGUUGAUCAUAAAAGUCUCUCACUUCAAUCCGACGGCCACAUCUUCGUUCUUCAUCUCCACCCGAAUUUUCAAGUUUCUCGUGUUCUGUUUUUUCUGCUGCACAUCGUUUCGAAUCACAAACCGGAAUCGGAAUUAAUUAUUCCUUUCUCGGAUAUCGUUAUCCCAGUUCUGAAUUAUCUUGCCCUCGAUUGGUAAUUCCGAUGAUCUUUGGCAUUGACAUGAAGGUGAAAAGCAGUAAAUUUACACAAGUUUGUACAAAAGAGUAGUGAACUUGGAAGAGUGUGAUACAAAUUGAGGAGUGAGCAAUGGAUGACAUCUGUGGCAGCGAUGAACCCAUGCAUAUGAAUGAUGAUCUGCAUUUGCAAUACAUGCAAGAGCAUGAGCAUCAUCACGGGUUGGACCAUAUAAGCAAUGGAAAUGGGGUGGCUGAUGAUCAUGAUAAUGGAAGUGGUGGAGCUGAACUUGUCCAAGCCGAUGUCCCGUCUGACCCCAUGAAUCUUUCUGAUACGCAUGAUGGGAUGAUGGACCAUGGCCCCGAAAAUGGAGACCAGCUCACAUUGUCGUUUCAGGGUCAGGUUUUCGUGUUCGACUCUGUGUCACCUGAGAAGGUUCAAGCUGUGUUGUUACUAUUGGGGGGCCGUGAAGUACCUCCAAGCAUGCCUGCUGUCCCAGUAACCACGCAGCAUAAUAAUCGGGGCCUUACUAGUACUCCACAACGGUUGAGUGUCCCUCAAAGACUGGCUUCACUAAUUAGAUUCCGUGAAAAACGGAAAGAACGAAAUUUUGACAAGAAGAUUCGUUAUACUGUUCGAAAAGAGGUAGCACUUAGGAUGCAACGAAAGAAAGGUCAAUUCACAUCUUCUAAACCCAAUAAUGAUGAUUCUGCAUCAGCUGUCACAAGUUCGGGCUCAAACGAGAGCUGGAGUCAGGAUGGUAAUGGAUCCCAACAUCAAGAGGCUGUGAACAAUUUGGACAAGGCAGGCUUGGAAGAAAGAUAUUUAUAGAUUUUAAGGAAAGCAAAGAAGUCGAUCCAGUAGCUCUUAUAUAUUUUUAGAAAUGCAUAUAGCUUUAUUAAAACCCUGAACUAUGAGAAACCAAAACGAGUAUACAGAACUGUCAUGUGGUUAGUAAAGUCUGGUGGUUUUUGAUGAAGCACCACUAUUGAAGACUUUAUCACUUGUACUGUUAAAUGUAAAGAAUAUGCAAAUUGAAUGGAGUCAAUGGACUUCAUUCAAAUUGAAUGGGUCAUGAAAUAGGACAAGACAUUAAUGUGGAAUAACAAGGUAAUUCAGCUGUAUAGAAGAUAUUGUAGAGGAACAAACAUAUUUUUGUAAUUAAUGCAUUUGAAGGUUGUAAUUUUAUACUAGGUUUAAAUUUGGAAAGGAUAUAGCUGUAAGAAAUUGAGCUUGUGGUGACCUGCUGAAGUACACUGCUCUGCUCAUGAUAUGCUAUCUUAUCUCUGAUGGCCAAGGAUAUUUUGGGUUUUGGGGCAGAAAAGGCUAUUACGCUUUGGCAAUGUUUAGCUUUGGCUUUGGCUUUGGACAGGUUGCUUUGAAAGAAAUGAAAAGAAUUUUGAUGAUAGGGUGUGGAGGAGGUGGAUUCUGUUUGGGAUAGAAUCAGAUAUCUAGCCUUGAUUAUCUAAGCCAUUAAAGGCUUUUUCCUUUUAACUCAACUUUCGUUUUCUUCUUUCAUUAAAUGAAAUUUUAAGUUUCCCAUAAAAUAUGACAUAAUCUUUGAGAGUAGAAUAAUUGUGGUGCGAUACUUGUGCAAGUAGGGUUAUAUUUUCUCGGCUUCUCUUUGUCAAAAUUUACACGUGUGAGCAGCUUGAACUGAGACCAUAGUUUUAUUGCUUUCCAUGAGCAUAUAGUGAAAAGAGCAUUUACCCCUACACCCAAGGUCUCAAGUUCGAAUCCCUCAUCUCCAAA